AUGGCCUCCUCAAAAGAAAUGCAGUCCGCCUCCAGGCCAUUGACGCUUCAGCGUCCGUCCGUGUCGAGCCCCUCGGCCACCGCGAUACCCGGCCGCUCCCAUGCUCGAAACAACUCGCACUCCCUCCUCUCCUCUUCCCUCAACGCGAACCACCGCGUGACCCGACGCAAGUCCGUUACGAACCCGGGCCCCAACGUAGCGGCCCUCACGGCCGCCGUUGCCAACAGCGACCAAAUUGCUGCUAUCCCCAUCCUCAACGGCGGACGACGAAACACAAUCUCCAAAGCGGCCCUCACCAAGACAUCCCUCGCCGGCAGCCUCCCCUCCCCCCCGGCUAGCCUGCCAACUAAUAAGGCCAUUCCCGACAUCAAACAGGAUGUGCACGACAGCGCCAUCGACGACGGCAAUGACGCUUCAGCCGACGACGAAGAUAACAAGUCCGAGAAGGCCCGCAUUCGGCGGGCCAGCGACGGCUCACCACUCGUGAAGGAGCCCAAGAAAACCAAUCGUGUCGAGGUUCGCUGUGACAAGUGCGGCAAGAGUUACAAGCACAGUAGUUGCUUGACCAAGCAUUUGUGGGAGCACACACCCGAGUGGUCCUUGACGUCGAAGCUACUCAUUUCAAAGCACCAGCAAGUGCAGCUUCUGGAAGCCGCUUCUGUACUUGUCGCUAUGAACGACAAGGAGAGCACGGCUACACCGCCCGAUUCAAACAAGGACUCUGCCAGCGAGCCUGAUUCUUCAUCGCCUGCUGCCUCGGGCUACUCAGAUCACGUCGAACGACAAAGCUCGGCCGAUACAACCCCGCCGCCAAUGUUGGAAGAAACUGGCCUGAGUGGGUUGUCAUACCGCGACGGCAGUGGUGCUGGAUUUGCCCGAAGCUACCAGUCUGCCGUCUCCGGCAGCAUUCCUCGGGGCUCAGGUUUCGGACAUUUCCGACAGCCCAGCCACGAGCGCCGUCCACCGUCUUCUGGUGCCAACCGGACCGGCGAGGAUGACCGUGACUUGGCUGCUGCCGUUGAGCUGCUCAGCUGCAGUUUCAACAGCAACAAUGGAUCCCACAGCACCGUCACUGUACCCUUGGAUGCACCUCCUGUACCACCAGUUCCCGCCCACUACCUUGGCCAGGCUGCUUCGUUUUCGAGUGCGGGAUUCAUCAACAGUUUCCCCCAACGUCAGCCAGAGAGCUUUACCCGAGGCGAGAUGAGACGUGGGGUUGAGGAUGUCAAGAUGGAGGACAGUGAUGACGACUUCGACAUGCCUUCUCGAGCUCGGAGUGACGAAGAUGACGACGGCGUUUUCGGUCGCAUGGAGGAGUAA